UUCAGCAUCUCAUCAGGACCAGUCUGGAUCUACUCGUGGUAGUGCCUUCAUCACAACUGGGAAUUAUGACGGGUCUCGCUGUGGAGUUUACGUUUUUUCUCCUAGUGGAUUUGGUUCCGGAUCUCUCCGCGCAGCCCUUCCACGGAAUGCUCCCCGACGCGCUGUUCCGCGAGAUGCCUGGUCGCUCCGGCGGCCCCAGACGUGCCGUGCAGCGGCAGCAAGGGAGCAGACUUCCGCUGUACAUGAUACAGCUCUAUCGGACCAUGCGGACCGAGGAUCGGGCCAGAUCUCCGACAGCCAGCAGUCGCACCGGGAGGGAGGGCAUCCCCGGUCUCCACGACUCCGACUCGGUGAUCAGCCUUGUCGCAAAAAGCUGCCAGCAGACUGGUGAAUGGUGGUCAGUCACCUUUGACUUGUCCUUCAUAUCUCCAAGUGAUAACAUCCAGCUGGCUGAGUUCCGCAUCCGAUUGCCUGCCUACGGUGACUCGUCUUCCUCUGCUUCUGUAGACAUCUAUCACUCUAACUGGGAACAAUGCUCCAGCACAGGCUGCUCUGAGAACAGGCUGCUUCUGGGACACCUGAGAGAUCAUUCAAGCUCAGUGGUCUCACCCUCCUUAUGGAAAGUGUUCAACAUGACCAAAAUGCUCCGUCGCUGGCUUCACCGGGGACCUGCAAUGCAAAAGAUAGGGGAGGAUAUAGCCGAGGUCAAGGAAGAGAAUGAACAGCAGAGGAUCAAACACCCAACAGCUGACAGGGUAUUGAUGGUGGUCUUCUUCAAGCAGAGUCCACACAGCCAGUGGAUGCCAACGCUGAUUCGCACAGCAGAGCACUCCAAGUACGUCAGUCUGGACAGGGAGGGACCAGUGCCCACCUCCAGAAUAAAGAGCCUUAGAGAAAAGAGACAAGAACAGACAUGGCAGAGACCGAGAGAUGCUGCAGGGGAGAAGGAGCAAGCUAAUCUAUGCAGGAAGGUGGACAUGUGGGUGGACUUUGAGAAGCUCAACUGGAGUAAGUGGAUCAUCUAUCCCAAGCGGUACAAUGCCUAUUGCUGUGAAGGGACAUGUCCUACGCCUGUAGAUGAGACCUUCGCCCCAACUAAUCAUGCAUACAUGCAGAGCCUGUUAAAGUGUCAACACAAAGACAAGGUACCGAACCUUUCCUGUGUGCCUACACGCCUGGCACCAUUUUCCAUGCUGUACUACGAGAACGGGAGGAUGGUAAUGAGGCACUACGGGAAUAUGGUUGUGGAGGAGUGUGGUUGCCACUGAGAAAAAACAAAAAGUACCGUAUUUUCCGCCUUGUAAUCCGGAGCGCCUUAUAUAUGGAUCAAUUGGUUAAUUGGUUGAUCCAUACUGGUUGUACACGGGGCUCU